GUAGUACAACUCAUUGAUUGCUAUGUCAUGUGUUUGCCACUGGGCAUCGCUGUAGCUCCAGUUUUAGUCUACGAUGCUGGGAAAACCCUUUAACAGAUGAUCCGAGCGUCACUGGUGUGAGUAAGACCGGCUGUAGUUGUCAUGACGUGGUGUGUCUGGGUCUGAAGCUGAGCCGACCAACAAGUUAGCUUCGCACCGAGCCAAAAGCACGGACUAUUCCCUUUGGUUAACAGACUUUUGUUUACCGGCUGUGAUGAGGUGGUUACCGUGGGUCAGGCCGGCCCUGAGAUGAUUGCAGCUUGGCUCAGAGGAAAGACGGGGCAGAGAGACUGAGAAAGAAGAAUGGGCAGGAGCGUCUGGGGCUGCUGGCAAAGCGUCACCUCUACGGCAGUGUUGUACGGCUCUUUGGCCCUGUUCACCUCCAUCCUCCACAAUGUGUUCCUGCUUUACUAUGUGGAGACAUUCGUGUCCGUGUACAAGAUUGAUAAAGUUUCCUUCUGGGUGGGAGAGACGGUGUUCCUCAUCUGGAACAGUUUUAAUGACCCUCUCUUCGGGUGGCUGAGCGACCGCUCCUUCCUCAGCUCUCCACAGACGGGCUCUCAGAUCACAUCCCCGGAGGUGGUGCUGAAGCGCCUGAAAGCCCUCUCCACAAAUGGCCCUCUCUUUGCCGUGUCCUUCCUGGCCUUCUGGGUGGCGUGGGCCCGGCCGGGCCUCCAGUUCCUGCUGUGUCUGUGCCUGUACGACGGCUUUCUCACCAUGGUGGACCUCCACCACAGCGCCCUGCUGGCCGACCUCGCCGUGUCCGCCGCCGACCGCACGCGCCUCAACUUCCACUGCUCCGUCUUCAGCGCUCUGGGCUCGUUCUCCGUGUUUCUGUCCUACUCUUUCUGGGACAAGGAGGAUUUUUACUCCUUCCGCCUCUUCUGCGUGACUCUGGCAGCUUUUUCUAUUGUCGGCUUCUUUUUAGUGUCUCGAGUGCUGCAGCGGCGCUUCAAGAAGGAAAUCCGUCCAAAACUAGACGAGGCAUCAACGCUCAAAGAGCUGAGUCUUGGCCAUGCUCCACACACCCAUCCAGAAAAACCUGUCACUAUUGGACAGUAUCUCAAGCAGCUCUCCAAACAGAGGAACUUCUUGUGGUUCGUGUCAAUGAACCUUAUUCAGGUGUUUCACUGUCAUUUCAACAGCAACUUCUUCCCUCUGUUCCUGGAACAUCUCUUGUCUGAUAAUAUCUCUGCCUCUACAGGUUCAAUCCUGCUUGGGAUCUCUUACAUUGCCCCCCACCUGAACAACUUGUAUUUCCUGACACUGUGCCAGCGUUAUGGUGUUUACCAGGUUAUCCGCUGGCUUUUUAUGCUCAAGCUGGGACUUAGUGUGGCUAUGCUGCUAGCAGGCGCUGACCACAUUUAUCUGCUGUGCAUCUUCAUUGCUAGUAACCGGGUGUUUACGGAGGGAACCUGCAAGCUGCUGAAACUGGUGAUUUCUGACCUGGUGGACGAGGACUUUGUGGUGAACCGGCGUCAGCAGGCCGCCUCUGCUCUCCUCUUCGGGAUGGUCGCCUUGUUGACCAAACCUGGCCAGACGUUCGCCCCUCUUAUUGGGACGUGGCUCCUCUGUGUUUACACAGGUUACGAUAUUUUUGAUAGGGAGCCUGUGAAGGACCCCGUGUCGGUGUCCGACAUCGCCUCUAGCUCAGGGAAUCCACCUCUACGCCUGGGCUGCUUCUACAUGUUGGUGUUUGUGCCUAUCACCUGUGCCCUGCUCCAGCUGGCCGCCUGGUCUCGCUUCACACUUCACGGCCGCAAGCUUCAGGGGAUCAAGACCCUGAGGCAGGGGGCCCACCUUAUUGAUGUCAAGGCCAUAUGACCUGAACAGAGCCGAGUAGAGCUGCACAUAGACACUUUUAAAUACUCAGUUUUGUAGUCUCUUUGUCAAUGUCUGAGAGAAGGUGAAGUAGGAAGACGGUCUUUGUUUACUCUGCAGCCUUGUGUGCACAAAUAUGAACUACUGCACAACAUGUGACUUUGCGUACAGUGGAAAAAUGCACAGUGGGCUGGCAAAUCCCACAGGGAAGAACGAGAUACAAAAAUUUAAAAAACAAAACAAAAAAAAACUCUGCCUUAUUUUAUAUGUUAACAUAUUAAACUAUAUUUAUAUUUGAAUCAAUGACCAAAAGUAAAACCAAUCAAUCCUUUGGAUGUAAAUGGACCAAGGUGACAGCUUCUCAUGGUGUGGGCCAAAGAUGUGGAGGGGCCCUGUUGUAAAGUAUAAUUCUUGUCUGGUGUACAAGAUGAAGAAAAUACAAAUGUUUUCAGAGUGCCAACAAACCUGCAUGGAAACUGCACAGAGAUGAAUAUUUUACUGUUGCUGAACAUUUACACACAACGCCCUGCCACUUUGACGUUGAGAGUUGUAUUUUAUAACGGUAUUGAUCCUGUCUUUGCACAAAACUGCCAUUUGUCCGUUGUACUUCUAACAUUGUGAUAUAUUUUAUGUAGCAUAGUGAUGAAAAUGGAAACUAGUGUGGUUGGCCUCAUAAUUUCUUAAUAGUUUUGUAUUUUUUCAGAUUAUUACAGAGAGUGUGAGACAUUACCACAAAUAAACCUCAUUCAACCGA